AUGGCUGCCGAGAUUCACGCACUCUGCCUCGCCCCGCCCACGCCCCCGUCGGACCGAGCCAGCCUCGCCCACGUCCCCGCCGGACCCAACCAGCCUCGCCCACGUCCCCGCCGGACCCAACCAGCCUCGCCCACGUCCCCGCCGGACCCAACCAGCCUCGCCCACGUCCCCGCCGGACCCAACCAGCCUCGCCCACACCCCCGUCGGACCCAACCAGCCUCGCCAACGCCCCCGUCGGACCGAACUAGCCUCACCCACACCCCCGUCGGACCCAACCAGCCUCGUCCACGCCCCCGUCGGACCCAACCAGCCUCGCCCACGCCCCCGCCGGACCCAACCAGCCUCGCCCACGCCCCCGCCGGACCCAACCAGCCUCGCUCACGUCCCCGCGGACCCAACCAGCCUCGCCCACACCCCCGUCGGACCCAACCAGCCUCGUCCACGCCCCCGUCGGACCCAACCAGCCUCGCCCACGCCCCCGCCGGACCCAACCAGCCUCGUCCACGCCCCCGCCGGACCCAACCAGCCUCGUCCACGCCCCCGUCGGACCCAACCAGCCUCGUCCACGCCCCCGUCGGACCCAACCAGCCUCGCCCACGCCCCCGUCGGACCCAACCAGCCUCGUCCACGUCCCCGUCGGACCCAACCAGCCUCGUCCACGCCCCCGCCGGACCCAUCCAGCCUCGCCCACCUCCCCGUUAG